AUGGCGGCCACACCACAAGAAAAACCAGCGCAAGCUAAAGAAACACGGCCGUUAAGAGCCGAAGACGAAGACUACUCCCAAGAUUUCGAAGACCCUUUAUCAUCGUCCUUUUGCGGCGGGUGUUUCCGGGGGAUUUUCCGGUGGCGGCAUGGAUACCUGCUGCAAUAUGAAGAGAACAGAGAGAGUUGGGUGAAGAGGAGAGCCAAGAAACUGCAGGAGAUAUCGGAGUUAUUGGCGGGUCCAAGGUGGAAGAAUUUCAUUAGAAGGUUCAGUAUUUACGGCAUCAACAAGAAAAGAAGGUCGACGACGAUGCAGUACGAUAUUCAAAGCUAUGAACUCAACUUCGAUGAAGGGGUCCAUAGAGAAGCUGACGCUGGAUACCUUGGUUUCUCUGCUAGAUUUGCAGCUCCAGCCGGGAUAAACAAAGGGUAG